AAUCCGACCCGGUGCGGAUACUUGAAGGCAUCACCGACAGCUCGCUCUGUGGAGCCGGGCACCUUAAACAGCAGGGGAGAAUGGCAGGCCUGUGGAAAUCCUACCAAAUGUUGAUGACCAAAUACCCGUGGUCAGUGCAGAUAGUGACUGCUGGGUCUUUAGUGGGUGUCGGUGAUGUCAUCUCCCAACAGCUGUUUGAGAGAAGAGGAUUGGCGAAUCACAACAUGCGGCGGACGGCCAAGAUGAUGAGUAUUGGUUUCUUCUUCGUGGGUCCAGUGAUCGGCAGCUGGUACAAAGUGUUGGACAGGCUGGUAGUCGGAGGAACUAAAAGUGCUGCCAUGAAGAAAAUGCUGUUUGACCAGAUCUGUUUUGCUCCGUGUUUCUUGGGAGCUUUUCUCUGUAUCUCCGGUGCUCUGAAUGGACUGACGGUGGAGGAGAACGUCAACAAGCUCAAGAGGGACUACACAGAUGCCCUGAUCUCAAAUUACUAUCUAUGGCCCCCAGUCCAGAUUGCCAAUUUCUACUUCAUUCCACUACACCACAGGUUGGCUGUCGUCCAGAUUGUCGCCGUUGGUUGGAAUUCCUACUUGACCUGGAAGGCCAAUAAAAUGUGAAUGAUGAUCAGAAGUCCGGCUUGUCUUAAUGAUGAUUUUAUACUAAUUUGUAGUGUGUAUGAUCUAACUUACUUUAUGCUACUUAGUCUUCUGAUACUUCCAAUGAGUAAAACUGCGACUGAGUCACUUAUAAAGGUCGGGAGAAAGUGCUUGUCUACUCUGAAUGACAAAUUCACACUUGAAAGUCAAAUUCACACUUGAAAGUCAAACUUGCAUUUGCAGAAAUGUCUGUGAAAGUUUGUUAUUUAUGGAAAUGGAUUUUUGGCAGUGGUGGCGCAGUGUAGCCACACAUACGCACGCACACACACACACUCAACACCAACCGGUUUGUAAUACAUUUAAUGUAUUGUUAAUCAUUUCAAAUAACUGUUAAAGGAUGAUUUGUUACAGGUUAAUAGUACUGUGUUUUUUCUUAUCAUGAAGGAAAUGUUUCUUGCAGAUUUUCAUCAUAUUGUUCGAUUGAAUCUAAUCUUUCAUUACUUAGUUUCAAUAUGUUCCAGAAUUUGUAGUAAUGUAAUUUACACAUUUGGUUUGUUCAUUUUCUCUUCACCUGCUUCAUCUAUAUUCUUCUACUAGUAACUAUACGCCCUAAUACCAAGUCUUAUCAGUUGCAGGAUGCAAUGCAUUCUGGUCAGCAAAUGAUAUGGGCUUCUAAAAAGAAGAUAAUGAAACAAUGAAGGGUUACCUUGAUAAUAUAACCUCUAAACCUGCAAAUUAAAGCAAACAUCGCAGAAACCGUGUAUUUCCCAAAAUGUGAAACUAGUCAUCAUUCAUGCAAUUAUUUGUCAUUUAAUUAUUUUCUGUCAAGCUAUUGUACAGCAGUUGCUGGAAAUGCACCACUAAACAACAAAAUAGACUGAGGAAUCCAUUGGUGCAUCGAUUAUCACUGUUAAGUUUUGAUUUUUCCUUGAUAUUAUUUUUAUGUACACGCAAUCUUUAUACUCAAAAUGUGCAUAUUUGUAAUAACAAAGACCACAUCUGGUAUAUAAGCUAAUAAAGUCUUAAACAAGGUAA